AUGAAUAAAUUAAUUGUUAUAGUUGCUAUUAUUGGUUUCUGCACUGCAGCUAAUAUUAAAUGCACAGAAAAACAAAAAUAAUCUAAAAUAUGCACAAUGGAGUAUAUGCCAGUUUGUGGUGUUAAGAUUGAUCCUGAGAACUAAUAUUCUUAAACAUUUGCUACAUACGGUAACAAAUGUGGUGCUUGUUCUGAAGGUGUUGAAUUCUACGCAGAAGGUGAAUGCGAAUCCUAUAACAAGAAAGCUAUAUUCUGUCAUCCCGAUGAUCAUUUAAACGUAGCUUGUACUAGAGAAUUCUCUCCUGUUUGUGGUUUGUUUGAUUCCUCCAUCAAUUGCUUUGCUGCUCCUUGCGGUUAGAAUUACUCUAACAAAUGCACUGCUUGUAUUAACAAGGAAGUAACUCACUUCGUAAAAGGAAGCUGUGAAGAUCUUAGAGUUUGA